UUGGGCCAAGCGUUGGGACACGGAAGAAACGGGGCAACAAUUUAAAAAAAAAAAAAAAAAAAAAAAUUUAACAUUGGGACUGUCCCGGGGGAAUUUAGGGCAGUUGGUGGACUCGUGUCAAAGAGUAGAAACUUCUGAAAGAUGAUCCAGAGAAAUGGAAUUCAGCUAAGGUUGUUUUGUGGAAAAAAACAGAACAUCAUAUCCUGAUCAGUCAUUUUCAGGAUUGCUACCAGGGGUUUUAGCUAAUGAUGAACAAGGAAAAUAGUUUAAUGAGCAAGGAGGUGUUGAAUAUUACUCUUGAGAUAAUCUUCCUUCUGACUGGAGAGGAUUAUAUUAUUGUGAAGAAAACAAGUGAGUUUGUCACAGAUUCCCGUGUGUCAGAUGAGUCUAAGAAGACCCAGAGAAUCUGUAUGGAACCUCCCCCUAACUCACUGCUGCAAUUAAGAAACAAUGAGAAGCAAAUCCUAACACUCACAGGAAGGAUCAUUUCACUGUUAACCAGAGAGGGUUUUGAUAACAUUGAAGAACAUAACGAGCUAUACAAGGAGGAUAUGGAGAAUCCCCCGCUGCUCAUCUCACUCGAUGGCUCUGUGAGUCGGGGUGUACCUGAAGGGUAUCAAGCCUCCAUUCCUUCCCCUGAUUGUGUAAAAGAAGAUAAAACUGAGAAGGUUAUCCAAGGAACAAAAUGCCGCAGGAAAAAUAUACCCAGAAAGCUGCAGAGCCAACCUAUAACAGAUAUGGCAAUGGGCCCAAUCAAACAGGAAGAUGAAAAUAUGACAGACACUGACAUUUAUCAACCUGCCGAACAUGCCUAUACAGACUAUACAGCUACCCAUAUUAAAGAAGAACCAGUGUCGUGUGAUGAAGGAAACCUCUCAGAUACUGAUAUGUAUAUGCAUAAAGAACAUGCAUACACAGAGUACACAUCUACUAAUCUCAAUGAACAGUUAGCUGAUUGUGAUGAAGGAAAUCUUACAGAAGAUAACAUUUAUACAUCCACUACACAAACUCAGACAGAUUAUACAGCUACACCUAUUAAGGAGGAAUCAAACUCGGGUGGAGAAGAAAUUCGUGUAGAUCCUAGCAUGUAUUCACUCAUAGAUUAUGCCCAGGCAGGAUUCUCAUAUCCUGAACCUUUUCCACCUAAACCAGAUCCUCCCCGUCCAAAACGUAUUAGGCCAAAACUGUUUGUAUGUCCAGAAUGUGCAAAAUGUUUUCCAAGUAAUGCAGAACUUAUUAGACAUCAUAGGACUCACACAGGAGAAAAGCCAUUCUCCUGCACAGACUGUGGGAGAGCCUUCUCCAAAAAGUCAAACCUUAUUACACAUUACAAACUUCACACAGGGGAGAAAGCCUUUGCAUGUGCUCUGUGUGGAAAAUGUUUCACACACAAGUCAGAUCUAGUUAAACAUGAGAGAAUUCACACUGGAGAAAAACCAUUCUCAUGCCCUGACUGUGGGAAGUGUUUCACUGAUAAAUCAAAUCUUGUUACACAUCAAAGGUUGCAUACAGGGGAGAAAUUAUUCUCCUGCUCUGUAUGUGGGAAGAGUUUUACCAAUAGUUCCAAUCUUGUAACACACCAGAGGAUUCACACAGGGGAGAGACCAUAUGUGUGCUCUGAAUGUGGAAAACGUUUCACCCAUAAAUCAGAUCUUGUUAAACAUCAGAGAACCCACACUGGGGAGAGGCCAUUUGCAUGUAAUGUGUGUGGGAAAUGCUUUACUGAUACAUCAAAUCUUGUUACACAUCAAAAGAUUCACACAGGUGAGAAACCAUUCUUAUGUUCAAUCUGUGGGAAAUGCUUUAUCAAUAAUUCGAGUCUAGUUAAGCAUCAGACAGUCCACACAGGAAUUAAGCCUUAUCUAUGCGCUGAAUGUGGGAAAUGUUUUGCAAACAGUUCAAAUCUUACUAAGCAUCAGAAGUUAAACAAGGCACAUAGACAGCUGGCAGCCUCACAACUGGCAGCCUCACAACUUGCGAGUCAACAGUUGGUGCCCUCCACACUGCCAUCUACUCAAGUGGCCUCCUCCCCACUGCCAUCUUCACAAUCGGCAUCCUCACCACUUCCAUCUUCACAACCAGCAUCCUCACCAUUACCACCUUCUCCACAACCUUCUUCGCCGCUGCCAUCUUCCUAACGAGUGGAGAAAUGUUUUAGUAGUAUUUUAGAAAAGAAACUUAUUUCUUUUAAUGUAAGGAUGCUUUAUUGAAAGUUACAUUUGUCUGUAGCACAUUCUAACAGGCCAUAACAUUUCAGAUACUAAUAAUCAACACAAAAUGUAUAUAUAAUUAACAAUUCCAGAUCCUUUUAAUGUUUAUUUUGCAUGUUAUAGUAGUAGCAACCUGGGUCCACACAUGCAUUACAAUCUUUUUUUGAAAUGUUUUAUUUUUUUGUUGUUGUGUGAGCUGGUCAAUAUUGACAGGUAUACUACUAUCAAAAAGAAGGGAGAAACACCAGAUUGAUAAAAGGGUCUUCUGUGUUUUUGGGUUGCUGACAAGAGCAAUUGAACUAGAGACCAGCAUUCCCAUCUAUUAAUAUGUUAAAACAGCAAUCUACAAAGUAUUAUCACUUUUGUAAUUUUCUUCGCAUUCUUAAAAAAAAAAAAAAGGAAAUUUAUGGCAGUGUCACAUUGCCCAUUGUUGCAAAUAUGAGAGCUAAGAUUUGUGUGGGUUUGUUGUGGUUUAUUUUAAUUAGAGUAGUUUUGGUUCCUUGUGGCUUGUGAUUUUAUUUUAUGGGU